UUGGCGCUCGAAUCUUAUAAAUGUAUGAGUUAAACCUGUGGAAGAUUUUAUAGCUCAAACCCUCAAUCAGCUGUUGACCAGCUGAAGGUUUUAUCGAUAUAUGGGAUUGCCCAUGUGAAUUUAGUGGAUUAGGAAGUAUUUACAUAGUAUUCAAUAUGCGAAUGUUCCUUAAUACCCGACGGAGUUUUUCCACUACCCGGAAAGUAGCCUCCUUCGCGAAAUGGUAUAGAGGCUUAUGGCGAUCGAAACCGGCGAAUGAGCCGCCGUAUGAUCACAUCACGCAAGUCGGGGAUCCUGUACUGAGACUCAAAGCAACGCCAGUGCCAUUAGACGCAAUAACAUCGCCGGAAGUUAAAUUCCUGGUUCAGCGGAUGGUGGAUGUUAUGCGCAAAUACGACGGAGUGGGUUUAGCUGCCCCUCAGAUCGGUAUUUCUCUCCGGGUCCUAGUUAUGGGAUUCGAUGAAAAGUCAAAAAAAGAAUACACCGAAUCGGAGCGCAAAAUCAAAGGGAUGAAAACACUGCCACUCACGGUUUUAAUCAAUCCAGAAAUGAAGAUAAAAAAUUACGAUAAAAUAUGCUUUCCGGAAGCAUGUAUGAGUGUCCGUGGGUAUAGUGCUGAGGUGACACGCUAUGCGGAAGUUUCACUUACGGGUUUUGAUGAAACCGGAGUGUCCAGACAGCUAACUCUCGAAGGAUGGAACGCACGUAUUGCUCAGCAUGAGAUGGACCAUUUGAAUGGGAUUGUUUAUACGGAUGUGAUGAAUCCGAAAACAUUUACCUGCACGUGUUGGGAGGCAGUGAACCGGCAUCAUGGCAGGGUUCGAAUUUCAUUUCAUCAGAAAUAAACACACAUAAGAGAUAGUGCAACCUUCUAAACAAGAAUUAAUUUAAAAAGAUAUGUAUUCUGUGACAGAGAAAUAUACAGUGGUAGACAUUCGUUUA